AUGGCUUCGUUUGGACACGCGGUGCCGGCGGCUGCCCCGAGGCCCGGUCCGUAUGGAGCAGCGUACGGGGCCCCCGUGGCGGUCAGCGCCCCUGCCGCCCCAGCAGGCACCUUUGCGCCCGGCACCAAGAUCCAAUGCGGCUCCCACCGAGUUGUCAUCCAAAAGUAUCUUUCCGAAGGCGGCUUCGCACAUGUCUAUCUGGUCAAGCUGCCGGCGGCGGUCAAUGGCACCGACCUGGCCGUGCUGAAGAGGGUCGCCGUGCCGGACAAGGAGGCCCUCCGCGGCAUGCGCACCGAGGUCGAGACCAUGAAGCGCCUCAAGGGCCACAAGGCCAUCGUCACCUACAUCGAUUCGCAUGCCUCUGAGAUGCGUGGCACUGGCGGCUACGAGGUCUUUCUCCUGAUGGAAUACUGCAAUGGCGGCGGUCUUAUCGACUUCAUGAACACCCGCUUGCAGCACCGUCUGACCGAGCCCGAAAUCCUCAACAUCUUCUCGGACGUUGCUGAAGGUGUUGCUUGCAUGCAUUACCUUAAGCCGCCACUGCUGCACCGCGACCUGAAGGUUGAGAACGUGCUCAUCAACAUGGUAGGCAGUGUCAGGAAGUUCAAGCUAUGCGACUUUGGCUCGGCCGCCCCGCCUCGCCCAGCCCCGACCACCGUUACAGAGUGCCGCCUUGUGGACGAAGACAUCCAAAAGCAUACGACGAUGCAGUACAGGAGUCCUGAAAUGGUCGACGUAUACCGCAAACAACCCAUCGACGAGAAAUCAGACAUCUGGGCGCUGGGCGUCCUACUCUACAAGCUGUGCUAUUAUACCACACCGUUCGAAGAAGGAGGGACCUUGGCGAUUCUGAAUGCCAGCUACAAGUUCCAUACCUACCCUGUUUUCUCUGACCGGUUGAAGAAGCUCAUCGCCUGGAUGCUACAGGAGAACCAACAAGCCCGACCAAAUAUCUAUCAGAUCUACACGGGGACGCAUGUCGACACGAGGAAACGCGAACACUCACUGAGUCAGGCUAGGUCUCCCCCAGUCGUUGGCGCUGUAUUUGCGGCCCCGGUAGUCCAACAACAGGUUAUUCCCGAAGUCGAGCGGAUGCGACGAGGAAGGCUCCCUGCCCCGUCUCAACCAGUAUCCCAACCGACAACGCCCAGUCCCGGGCCCGGGAAAGUCACGAAUGGUGACCCAUUUGCUGCACUUGAUACCAAGCUCCCACUCAAGAAUGCCGAUGAGCUAUCGAAUAAGUUUCCGACGCUGGAUCAGUUUUCUCUUCUACAUGAUAAGGGGACCAAGUUUGACUUCGACAGUGGUGUCCCUCAACCCCCACAGCAACAAAAGGACAUUUCGCAAAGGGUAGCCGAAAGACUAGCGGACGAGGUGUUCAAGGUCAAACCGUCACCGUCUUCGACUCCUGGGCCGAUGAGCCAACGUGUAUCGCUUGAUCUGAACAAGGGAAAUCCGUACGCGGCUGCUAUGGAGUCUCAGCGCAUAUCACCAUCCGUCAACCCGGCUUCCACACUUCCGAGGCAAGGCGAGCCAAGCCGUGCUUCAACCAUGAUCUCAAAUAUACCCGAACUCAAAGCGAUCUCUUCGCCGAAUGCGCAAAGUCCGUUCCAGACUCCUCCAGCAACUAGGCCUAAGAUGGUUUCAACUGGAACCAUGACCGAAUCACCGCCGCCGGUAUAUCGUUUCCCACCAGCAGAGCAUCACCGGGCGGCUAGUGUCCCCCGGCAGCAAGAGACUGGUCCCACGUCAUACACACGCGCUGUCACAACGGUGUUAUUAUCCCCUGGAGCCGCCGGAUCGCCAAACGCUCCGUUGCAAGGGCAAAUGCACACUGCGCAAGCGCAUCACCCCAGGUCCUCGAGACCGUCACUUGAAGGUGGCCGCCCAAGCUUCGAUGCCUUUGACUUGCCGACAAGAUCCAAAGAGCCGGAGAGCAGUUCAUCCCGGUCACGACCUGCCAGUAUCUAUCUUGAAUCAGACCUGACCUACUUGCGUGAAAAAGAGGCGGCUGCAAAACCACUGCACUCGCCGAGCCUUUCCGCGUCCAGAUUCUCAUUGGACAAGGGUCCCCCUUCGCCAAAGCUGGAGGAGGAGCGCAACAUUCGGUCCAGCGUCGAAUUUCUGCGCUCAAUGGAGGAUUCCGAUACUAAGAAGAAAGACAAGGGUACCAAGCAUCAUUCUAAGCGCUCAAGCUUGAGCUCCCUUAGUGCCGGUACCAAGAACCUCUUUGCUGGAAAAUUCGGAGAUGCAUUCAAGAGAUUUGAAGGUGGCACAAAUAACAGCGGACCUCCGAGGUCGCCAUCUCCUCUGAAGGAUGUUGAUGCAGAAGUCGACCGUUUCAAUAAGUUGACACCAAUUGCGGGAUCCGAGGUAAAUGACGACAGGAGCGAUGAUGGCCGGCGAUUUGAAGACGAUCACAUAGACGAGAUGACUCCCGAAAUGCGUCGGGAGGAAGAAGCACGCAUGUUGGCAGCAGAAGAAGCUCGUGUCGCUGCUGCGCAGGCCGAGUAUCGUGCUCGCGUUGCACAGCGUACCGGUACGGGUUCAGCAACGGGCCCGACACCGCUGCCCAAGAGCAUUGGCGGUGUCCCUCGCGCUGUGUCUAUUCAGAACAAGGUCCAGAGUCUCCUGGAUGAGAGCAGCCGUUCGGCGCCAGUGUCAAGGACAGCUCACGGCUAUGGCCACUAUACCGAUGCCGAUGCCGGUGGGCCUCGUGGCUCGACUGACAGUCUUGGAGAUUCGCGGCCCGCGGUUGCAAAGAAGCCCAUUGCCAUUACCGGACAGCCCGUGUCCGGAUCUUUACCGCGACCCCCGACCUCAUCCGGCAUGUCCAGUAUGGAGCAAACUAUGACUGGUCGCGCCUCCAUAACCGUGACGGGGGGGAAACCGGCCGCACCUCCGAAACCCACGCGACUUACCGCAAACUUAACAGCCGGCGGUGGAGCUGGCUCGCCGCCCAGACAGUCCUACAGCACCAGCACGAUAAGCCUGCACAGACAGCUGGGGCCCGGGACCCCCUCGAGCUCAUUAAUAGACAGUGAUAGAAGCGACAGUAUCGGAGCGAGAGCGGGGGGAGACUACAGCAGAACAAGCAGAGAAGCGCUGGUCGCCGUCGAGGGUUUGCCCGGGCAAGAUUCCCCCAUGCUACUGCAGAUGUCGGCGUCCGAGAAGGAUGAUUAUAUCAAGGACUUUCAAAAGCGGUUUCCUAGCCUUACGAGUAUAGAGAUGGUCGAGACAGAUGUGGGAGCUAGGUCUGGAACCAGGGGUGAUGGUGAAUGAGAUGUUGCCCGCUGAGGAUCGCCGGUGCCGCUGAUGAAGGAAAGAAAGGAUAAUGUCGUGCGACAAUUACACAAGGUCAUGAAGCGUCGUUGAAUGCGCUGCUGUUUGCCUGUUCUUGUUGAUGUUGUGACACUUUACAAGUUAGAGAAGGAGUGAUGAUGUAACGCGCUUUUCCGCAAGACAGUUAUGCCCUUUGUUGAACAGGCAUGCGCGCACACACAUGCUAUCUAUAGGCACAACUAUAUCUAUCGAU